CGUGAACGUACAAGUUCUCGCGAUUGUACACUAUCUCAGUGAAGGAAGGAAAACAUUACGAAAAAAUCGGAACUCAAUGAAUUAAGGCAGAACACCUUGAUUCUUUGAAGACAUCCUCCACAUGUGAAGCUCAUCACUGGCUCACAGUAUUCCGUCCUCUCUGCGCCCCACUGUCUUCAAUGAUGUAGAUGAGCUUUAUCGUCUGUGCAGCAGUUCCUCUUCUAUUGCCUUCUGUGGAUUCCUGCCCAGACGUCCAUGUCUCCUUUCCUUCACACUUUACCACCCUGAGUCUGGAACAUCACCUAUCCUGAGUCGAACCAGUGACUAUACACCAGCUCAUCCCUGGUUGAACAGUCCACCUGCGUCUACUUCCUCCACCUUAAGGCAAUGCUGUUCUCUCUGCGGGAGCUGGUCCAAUGGCUGGGCUUUGCCACUUUUGAGCUCUUCCUCCAACUGGGGGCUCUGCUGGUCUUCAGCGUGCUGGUAGCGCUGCGGGCCGACUUCUUCGACCCUGGGAUGAGCUGGUGGCUGGUCUUCAUCCCUCUGUUUGCCGCUGAUGGCCUCAGCACCUACUUCACAGCCAUCGUGUCCAUCCGGCUAUACCAGGAGAAUGAGAAAAGGCUGGCAGUGCUGAGGCUGCUAUGGGUGCUGACGGUGCUCAGCCUCAAGCUGGUGUGUGAGGUGCUACUGUGCCAGAAGCUGGCAGAGCAGGAGCAGGCGCGCGAUCUGUGGUUCGGUCUUAUUGUCUCGCCGCUCUUCAUCCUCCUGCAGCUGCUGAUGAUUCGCGCCUGCCGCGUCAACUGAGGCCUGGGGCGGUUUUGUUUGGCAACAAAAUCGACGCGUGUGCAACUAUGGGGCAAAAAAAAACAGACCGGGUUGGCUAAGAUCAGGGUUGGGCAAAUUUGGUUGUGUAUCAGCAGUUUUUCUCAUGUUAUGUCAGUCAUUGACAGUCACUCAAUUAUACCAUGUCAGCUAACAUUUUUUAGAUUGGUAAAUUAGUCUUGCCAGCUAUUUAAACUUGGUCUAAUUACCGACCAGGGGGGCCCCAUUGAUUUUGUUACUCACUCACUCAGAUAUCAUAUUAAAAACAGCAAACAUUUCUCUCCCUAAGGUAGAAUAUCAGGAAAUUAGCUGUAAAACUGCAUAUUAUUCUUUCCGCUGUCACGUUUUGCUUGCAAGGUAGGGAGGCAAAAGGUAGGGCCCCCAAAAGGUUAGGGCUGGCUCUUACGGCAUGUUGGGGCGGCAGGGUAGCCUAGUGGUUAGAGGGUUGGACUAGUAAACGAAAGGUUUCAAGAUCAAAUCCCCGA